AUGGGGAGAAUUAAGAAGGUGGCCAGUCAGAAGCAUGAGGCUACAAUCUCGCCUUUCCUGGCGGAGUUCAUAGCGAAUGCGACAAAUCUUCCUGUACCAGAGCUUCCUUCACUUUUUUCUACCUUCCCGAAGCUAUGGCCCUUCCCUCGAGGCGACCUCUACCACUGGAUCAACGUCCUAGACCGCUUCGAUGAGAUCUUAGCCCUAGUCAUCGAGAAAUACUUUCUGAACACUGGCCCUCAGACUCAAAGGUUUGGCCGGGGCGUGUUGGAGGCUUCAUACACCGCAGAUUCGAGUGAGACACCCACAGAGGGCGUCGAUGCAAAACUCAAUGCUCUGGGAUAUGGACCUGAGGGAGACAGGGAACUUGUGGAAGCGAUCCUGGACUUCUCCCGUUUGCUACUUGAGAAGUGUGGCAACCGCAGUUUGUACAGCAGCAUCAACUUUGCGCUUAUCUCUUUGCUUGGCCCAACGAUACCACUCUCGCCAGCGGGGAACUCAAUCGCAAUCUCUCUUGGCUACCCAUUACAAUAUCGAUCUGGAAAAGCUGCAAAAAAUUGCAGCGCCUUUCCUCGUCCAAUCAUUGCUAGCAAAACUCCUUUUGCUGCCUCUCCCGCCGUUUCUGAAAAGGUUAAUGAGAAAGCAAUUCAGACCAAGCUUAAUGCAAAUGAAUUGGGCUCCCUCGUGCGCGACGAAGACGGCUGGGAAGAAUGGGGCAACGUCCGCGUGCUUUACUAUCCCUCUGGAUCUUCCGACCAGACGCGAACAACGUCGGAAUUUGGCCAGAGCGAGCCAGGCUCUCACACCCCGACUACACCCACCCCUCUCCGACGAAGUGCAACUCACCCCACCCCUCGACUGAGCCGUGGCUCCCAUCUGGAUGAACUGCCGACUGUGACGCCCAACACAGGUAGUAAGUCCGAUGAAGUGUCACGCGGCGGUAGUGGCAAGAUCUUGGAUCUCCCGUAUUCGAAGGUGUCUUCCUGCAAGACUGAGGACCUUUUGGCAACGAACCUGCCUCAUCUGCCCCUUGAAUCGAAAUAUGAAUUCCUCCACAAGGUGCGCGUUGCUCAGGCGUUGGCCGGGUCGCGUUCUACUCGCGAACAGAUCCUCGCAAUUCGGAUCCUCGCAGCGACAAAUUUGGCUUAUGUACAAUCCGAGUCGGCUUUUCAACAGAAGGUCCUUCUCUCUGACAUGGAAGUCCCCAAGCGUCUCCAGCUCGUUUACCAGCUGGCUGAGCUUGUCCAUCUAGGCGCUAGUGGCGAUCUCGAUGUCUCACGGCACCUGCAGACAUUGGCAAUUCAGGCGCUUGAUGGAUUGGCAAAGCACAAGUCUCGUUCUAAUGAUGUGUGCGCGGCUCUCAGCGUCAAUGUCAACCACGGCGUGUUGAUGUUCCUGACCCGCAAGGUUGUCAACGAAUUGGGCACUGACGACGGCGUGAACGAUCUCCACCAAGACGAGUGGCGGGACGCUCUUCUUUCGCUCUUGCGGACCCUGCCUUCCUCCAGCACUCGCACCCCAGAGACGCUCGUUGCAGCGGGUCUUAUCCCUAUGCUCGUCGACAUCCUUAAGCUGCGCACUGAAAAAUCCCGCCGAGUCUAUUCCCGAGUCAUGGAGUUCCUCGACACCUUCGUUCACGCAGUUCGUGAUGCUUUGGCUACAUUGACCUCGGCCAAGGGUUUCGAUGCCAUUUCCGACUUGAUUGAUAACGAGACUAAGACUGCUUUUGAGCACGUCUCUCGCGGAACUGGCUUUCCUGCCAAAUACAAAAACCCCUCCAUCGAUUAUCAAAUCCCCUACUUCCAGCAGCAGACACUGCGAUGGAUGUUCCGCUUCGUGAACCACAUUAUGCAGCAUAAUGGUGGAGGAUUUGACCGUGUCUUGAGAAACCUAAUUGAUUCACCUCAGCUACUCACCUCCCUGCGCCUGGUGUUUGAAAAUGCACGAGUAUUUGGUUCACACGUUUGGAGCAACGCUGUCAACAUUCUCAGCAGCUUCAUUCACAAUGAGCCUACAAGUUACGCUGUCAUCGCUGAAGCUGGUCUCAGUCGUAGUCUUCUCACCGCCGUGAUGGGCCAUGAGCUACAGAUACAGGAGAAGGCCCCGGCUGUGGAGUCUGAGGAUGCUGACCCGGAUGUCGACGUCACUCAAACAUCUGAUGAUGCCGCGGUCGGUGCCCCGGAGGCAAAAAAGGAAGGUCGCGAAUAUACCCUGGUCCGGCCGCGGGGAACUCGUCUGGCACCGGGAAUCAUUGCUGCCACAGAUGCCCUUGGCUGUGUUCCUUCUGCCUUUGGAGCAAUUUGUUUGAACUCUUCGGGGCUGGAUCUUUUCCAGUCCUCUGAUGCACUCGAGAGCUUUUUUGAAAUUUUCGAAAACCCUGAGCAUAUCAAAUGCCUGAAGGAUGACCCAAACUUGGUUCGGAACCUAGGUACAACUUUCGAUGAGCUCGUUCGCCACCAUCCUGCUCUGAAGACCUCUAUCAUGUCUGCAGUCAUUGUCAUGGCUGCCCGUGUGAGCCUUCUUGGCAAGGUCAAGGCUUGGGAGUCUGGAAUGGGAUCCAAGCUGUGGACCGAAGAUGCUCAAGGACAAAUUGGCCUCUCAGGUGACAUCGCUUCUUUGUUCCGGGAUAUCGGUGCCCCCAUCGAUUCAUCUAUGCAAGAUUCUGCAUCCAUCGGGGUUCCCCAACUCAAGAACCACACUCUUCCCAACGGUGGAAAAAUUGUUCUUGGUGAUCUGAGCCAGGUGCUCCCCUCGCAGGACGCCAGCUUUGAGCCCAAGGACAAGGAUGAGCAUGGUUUGACCGUGACGGACUACCUCUUCCCUGCGAUCCGCUUCCUAGGUGCUUUCUUCGAGAACCAGCCAAACUGCACAUCCUUCAUCCAGGCUGGCGGUGCGGAGUUCGUUCUUGAUUUCGCAACUCUCCAGAGUCUGUCAUUUGAUUUCCACAACACAGAUGCCAACCAAGAGCUCACCGUCCUUGUACACAUGAUGGCUGAAACCAAGCCACACUUGGUCAUUCCCUCAUUGAUACACCGUGCCCAGUCAGCUGUCAACAAUCUCUCGGCCUUUUGGACUGCACCCAAAGAGUCGGGUUUCUUUACCGCUCUGACUAGGCCCGUCAACUCGAAAGAACCUGCGCCAGAGCCGACGCUGGCUGCUUCUAAUGGAACUUUCUUCGUGAAACACAUGAAUGCGGUACUUGUCAUGACAGAUCUGCUUCGCGAGGUCUAUGCAAUGCCACUGUAUCAGACACGGCCUGUGCAAGCAACGUCUCCUUUUGCCCAGGUGAACCUUGCAGACCUGUAUGCUGAUCUAGUGUCCUCCCUCGGCAGCCUUCAUGCUGCAUGUGUGUGGGAAGAGAUCAUCAUGGAGAAGAGCAUUCCCGAGAAGUGGGUGCAAGCCACGAAGGCACCCGCUAGCAAGCCCGGCUCUGAUCGACCCAAUGCUGUUACUGGAGCUGCCCAUGGGCUAUUGCCAGAGCCUGCGGCUGGGUCCCAGGCCGGUUCGGCUGCUCCCGAGGGUGACAAAACUCCAGCACCCGAAGAGCCUGAAAGCGAAGAAGACAAGGCGAAGACUGAACGGAGUGCCGCUUUCAAGAACGUCCAGACCCUUCGUUAUCUUCUAAGCUCAUUGCCUUCGUCUAUUACUGGCUUCCUACACAACUUGGGCCUGGGUCUCGUCAGUAAGAGAAGAUCGGACCCUCACCUGAAAAUGCGCCAGAAUGCCGGCAUGGUGGCCGAUGCCAUCGCGGAGACUGUUCUUCGCGAGCUUCAAUUCAGCGCUCCCAACUCGUGCGAUAGCUCGAAGCACCGCUUCGCCUACCUAAUUGUGAUUUUGUCAUCAUUCUCGCAUCUUCUAUACGAGAUCUCCAAUGACCGUCCCCAGUCGAACUACUUGACUUUGGUCUUCUGGUCAUUCAAGAAGGCCAACGGACUCAAGGUUCUAAAGGACAUUUGCGAUGUGUUCAUGCGUGAGGUCCAGGCUCUCACACCAGCCGAGUCGGUUCCUGAGUCCGAGAAAGAUGUUGCAGCUCGCCUAACUUCCGCAUAUGGUGGUAUCAAGAUCAUCCUCGCUCUAUUUGCUGAGCUUGCUUCAGGAAAGAACAUCGUGGAGUCGAGCCAAACACAGGCCUUGACUAGCCACCAUGAGCGGGACCGUGAGCGUCACGAUUACUUCCAGCCCGGGCAGUUCAUCGUGGAUCUCCGCAUGGAAAUUCUUCCCAUAGCCCAGGACAUGUGGAACUCCAACUUUGCUACCCAGUCAUCCAGCCCUAUUGUCAAGUGCUUGGUCGAUAUCCUCCGAUCCUCCCUGGAUGGAGAGUAUGAAACUGGAGCUCUUCGUGCCUCGGACACUCCUCCCGCUCUCAAGGAACCCCCUCGUGGUGCAUUUGUGGUGAACAAGACGCACGCCGCGAGUCUGGUUGAGAAGGGCUGUGAAGAUACAAAUCUUACCCAGGAGGCUCUGUACCGCUGCAACAACAGUCUGAAUGCUGCAGAGGAAUAUUGCAAGGCCCAGAACUACAUUCGUGCACCUCCGAGACUCCCGCCUCGCCCCAACGAUAUCCAGACUGGAUCUUCGGAAAAUGCAUCAGGUGGAGAGAGCCUGGAUGAUCCUGUCGCUGGGGAUGUCACUCCGUUCAACAGUGGCUACUUGGAACGCUCCGGUCUUGCCAUGCUUCUCGCUUCGACCCGACCGGUUGAGGAUCUUGUGAACCAAGAGUCUGGCCCUGAAGGCAGCAUGGGUCCGAUGCGCGACAAUUUGGCUAGAGCCAUCGGAAACAUACUAAAUGAUGAUGAAGGAUUGGUCACUCCUGGCCGUGGCGAGUCGUCAAAUGCAGAUCAUCCUCCGGGCUAUGGUGCCCAGGAACCAUCUGAGUCUGCCAAUCAGACUCAGGCAGAGCCUGCCGCGCAGGUAGCUCGCCGCCCGAUGAUUACCGUUGAGGACCUGGACAAUGAAAGAGAAAAGGUCCGUUCUAACCUCAUCGAGCGCUGUCUAGACGUCCUCAACGAGCACCAUGAUGUCUCUUUUGAGUUGGCAGAUCUGAUAGCGUCUGCUAUCAAGAAGCACCCUGAGCCUGAGAGCUUCAGACGCGACAUUGGAGAAACCCUUGUCCAGUCGCUUGUUUCUCUCCAGAUGGAGAACUUCCAGACCGCCGGCAAGAAGGUUGCUGCUUAUGCGCACAUCCUUGCCCUGGUUCUUCAAGAUCGAGACAUGUACAGCGCGACUGUCGAAGAGCUUAAGGAUUGCUUUUCCACAUUCCUUGGCUUUAUCAAGCUCCCUACACUUGAGAAGACCCCCGAUGAAUCUUUCCCCUGGAUUGGACAUGUAUUGCUCAUUCUGGAGAAGUUGCUUUCUGAUGACUGCCAGCCACCUCAGAUCAGCUGGACUCCCCCGGCCAGUCUUGAUGACACUAUCACGGGUGGCGAUGAGCCUGCGCAUCUUCAGGAGCCACUUGUCUCCCUUGACGAGAAGACUCAGCUCUUUGAGGCACUUGUUGAGAUUCUUCCUCGCAUCGGCAAGGAUGAUACGCUCGCACUUUCUGUUUGCCGUGUGCUGGUGGUCCUGACUCGCCAGCGCAGCAUUGCUGCCCGUUUCGGUGAAAAGCGAAACUUGCAGCGUCUCUUUGUCAUGGUCAAACAAUUGGCUAGCGCUACCAAUGAAAAGCUUCAAAGCGCUUUUAUGUUGAUCCUGCGUCACAUCGUCGAAGACGAAGCUACGAUUCGCCAGAUCAUGAGGAGCGAAAUUACUUCUUUCUUCGACUCCAAGUCUUCCCGCCAGGUCGACACCACUGGCUAUGUGCGUCAGUUGUAUCAUCUGGUUCUGAGAGCGCCUGAGAUCUUCGUGGAAGUGACAAAUGAGAAGGUGCGUCUGCUCCGAUACGAUACGCAUCAGCGACCCCAGAUACUCGGAUUGAAGGCCGACAAGGAUCGUGCCACCGCCCGUCUUCGUCAAGGCGCCGGUGACGUUAGUGAUAGCAAGGAUAACGGUGCCGGAGAGGCUACUUCGACCUCUGACGAGAAGGAGAAGGACAAGAUCCAAAAGGGCGCUGAGCUCAAGCCACCUGUCGUGGAGAACCCUGACGGUGUCAUCCACUAUCUUCUUUCUGAGCUCCUUUCCUACAAGGAUGUCGACGAUAAAGAGGCUCUUACAGACCUCUCGGAUCAGCCCGGUGGCGAUCAAUCCGAGGCCCAGACUGAUGUUGAGAUGUCCGUUGAUGAGCCCACCCCCUCCGUGACCAGCAGCGCCGACGCCCAGCCCGCUCGCGGCACACCCACCAAGAAGGGCGAGAAGCCUCCAUUCAAGGCCGAAGAUAACCCCAUCUACGUCUACCGCUGCUUCCUCCUCCAAUGCUUGACCGAGCUGCUGUCAUCCUAUAACCGCACCAAGGUAGAGUUCAUCAACUUCUCACGCAAGGCUGAUCCCCUUGCGACAACUCCUUCAAAACCUCGCUCGGGUAUUCUCAACUACCUCCUGAACGUCCUUGUUCCCCUCGGUACUAUGGAGCACGAUGAAUCUCUGUCAUUCAAGAAGCGCAGCAUUACCUCCUCGUGGACUAUGCAGGUGCUAGUCGCCCUUUGUACCAAGACUGGUGAAUUCGGUGGCCUCGGCAGGCGGCGUGGUGAGCAGAAGCGCAACGAAGAAGACGAGUGGGAGCUUGCUUUCGUGCGUAGAUUCGUGCUCGAGCAUGCCCUUCGUUCCUACAAGGAGGCGAAUGCGUCAAACGAGCCUCUUGACUCUAAGUAUUCCAAACUCAUGUCUCUAGCCGAUCUGUUUGACAAGAUGCUCAGUGGGUACUCUUACACACAGGAUGCUGGCUUCCCCUCUUCGACAAGACAGCUUGCAAAGACAAUGUUUGAAAAGCAUUUCAUUCCUGCUUUGACCGCCUCUGUUGCCGAAAUCGAUUUGAACUUCCCAUCUUCUAAGCGAGUCAUCAAGUACAUCCUUCGCCCUCUCAACAAGCUCACACAAACUGCUGUCCUUCUCAGCGAAAGCAACGAUAUCACUACACUGGCCGAGACCGCCGAAGAUGAUGAAAUUUCAUCAGCGACUUCUGUUUCGGACAUGGAGGACGAGCGAGAAGAGACUCCUGACCUUUUCCGCCAUUCUACCCUCGGUAUGCUGGAACCUCGUCAUGACGAUGAUGAAGAUAGUACCGAAGGGUCAGAGGAAGAGGAAGAGGACAUGUAUGAAGACGAGUAUGAUGAAGAGAUGGAGUACGAGGAUGACGUUCCCGAGGAUGACGGCGAAGUCGUGAGUGAUGAGGAUGAUGAAGGCGUCGGCCACAUGGAAGGCCUCUCCGGUGAUCCAGUUGAAAUUAUCGUUGACGAGGACGACGAAGAUGAUGAGGAUGACGAUGAUGAAGACGACGACCCCUCCGACAUGGACGAGGAUGACAUGUAUGCCGAUGAGAUCACCGGUGAUCGUGACAAUGAAAGCCUUGAAGAAGGCGACGAGGACGAGUGGGAGAGCGAAGAAAUGACUGAAGACGAGGAAGAAGCCGAGAUGAUGAACCAAUUCGAAGAUGAAAUGGCCGAUAUCCGCCAACAAGCCCAGCGUCAAUCCGAUGGCCACGCCCGUAUUGACGACUUGUUCCGGGCACUCAACCAAGCUGCUGGCGGUGCUGAAGAUUUCGGUGCCGAUCCCCUCGGAGGGGAUCUUCAUGAUGAAAUCCUCGACGAAUUGAACGAGGAAGGAGAGGACGACGAUGAGAUAGAUGAACUUGAAGAGGAAGUCGACGAUUACGAUGACUACGACAUGGACCAGGGCUCCGACGGUGACAUGGAAGAGGAUGAUCUUCUCGAGCCUUGGGGAUGGGAAGGUGACGAAGUUCCCGCUCCUCGACACCACCACCACCGCUUCCGUGGUGGCGCGCUCCCGGCUUGGGCUACAGUUACUGAAAUCAUGCCAGGCCGUGGUGGACUUGUUCCCAUCCAACCCUACCAUCGCGUGCACAGAACCCAGCUUCCCGGACCCCGCGGAAAUGACGAUGGAACCAACCCUCUCCUUGUUCGGAGUGAUCGCGGUGCUGACCCUGCAGCUCCUCGUGGACCUGGCGCUGAAGCCUUUACUGACUGGACUCAUGCUUUGGAGCCUCCCACUGGUGGCAACCGAAUGCUUCCCAUGGAAAGCCCCGUCAGCUUUAUGAAUGCCAUCAUGCAUGCCAUCAGUGGCAACGCUCAGCCCGGCUUUGGAGUGGUCACUCGACCCGAUGGCAUUCAUGUCCACGUUGAUCGGCAUGCAGUCCUGCCUGCCAACCGCCUCACAAACGCGUUUGGUCUUGGCCGAGCUCAGGCUGGUCCCGCUCGCGGUCGUGAUGACCCCCACAAUGCUGUUAAGUUUUCUCUAUCUACAACCCGCAACCGUUGGCAAGAGGAGGCCCGCCUCCUUUUCAGCAGCACCUAUGUCGAGAAGACACAACGUGUUGUCAAUUCUUUGCUGAAGGUUCUUGUCCCUCCUGCCAUGGAGGAAGAGAAGUUGCGCCAGAAGCAGGCUCAAGAAGAGCGCAAGCGUCUCCAAGAAGAGGCGGCCGAAAAGGAACGCCAGGACCGUGUUGCCCAAGAAGAGAAUGUCCGCCAACAGGCUCAGAGAGAGCAAGAAGAGGCAGAACGCCAAGCUGCCGGAAUCGAUGAGCCCAUGGAAGACGUCCAAGACACAGAGACUGCGCCAGAAGAGGCUGCUGAGCCUGAGCCUGCCCAACCCGUCCAGCGUGUUCACACCACCAUCCGGGGCCGCCAGCUCGAUAUCACUGGGCUGGAGAUCGACCCUGAGUACCUGGAGGCUUUGCCGGAGGAGCUUCGCGAGGAGGUGAUCAUGCAACAGCUUGCAGAACAGCGGUCGCAGGCCGCUGCCGCUGGUGAAGAACCUACCGAGAUCAACCAAGAGUUCCUCGAGGCCCUUCCUGCUGAGAUCCGUGAAGAACUCCUCCAGCAGGAGGCUGCUGAUAGACGCCGCCGGGAACGUGAAACCGCACGCCGACAGACUGCAACGACCACCGCCCCGCCCCGCGCAGAGGAAAUGGAUGCUGCCAGCUUCCUUGCUACCCUGGAUCCCUCGCUGCGCCAGGCAGUCCUUGCCGAUCAACCUGAAGAUGUCCUCGCAAGCCUGGGUCCAGAGUACAUCUCGGAAGCCCGAGCUCUUGGUGGUCGCCGUAUCGCCCAGUUCGGAGACAUGAGUGCUGUGGAGCAUCGCACAAGGAACGACAAUGCGGAUGGCCAGGAGCCUAAGAAGCCUCAAAGGCGCCAAAUCGUUCAGAUGCUCGAUAAAGCCGGUGUCGCAACAUUACUUCGUCUAAUGUUUAUGCCUCUCCAGGGUAACACGCGGCACCAGCUCAAUGAUAUUUUGCACAAUGAUGGCAGCGUAGAUUCUUCUGCUAUUGAGCGCAGCUUUUCUCACCUAUCUCUUCGUGCCAAGGCCCCUGGCGCUCCGAAGACUCCGCAAUCUGCUAAGCGCAAUGCCUCUCUCCAGACGUCUUGGAGCCUGAGCACCGAAGUAACGCCCAUCAUGGUGGUGCAGCAGUGUCUGAGCCUGCUGUCUUUCCUUUCCCAGUUCAACCCCCACAUUGCUUGGUUCUUCCUAACGGAACACGAUUCAUCAUCGUCCCUCAAGUUCAAAGCUUUCCGCAAGGGCAAGGGCAAGGAGAACCGCGCGAACAAGUUCGCUUUGAACGCUCUCCUCACGCUUCUGGACCGAAACUUGAUUAUGGAAAGCCCUACCUGCAUGGAGCAGCUGUCCAGUCUGCUCAGCAGCAUUACACAGCCAUUGACUGUUCUUCUUCGUCGGGAGAAGGAGAAGCAAGAGGAAGAAAAGGGCAAGCAGCCCGAGGGCACCCAGCCUGAGCAAGCCACUGGACAACCUAAUGAAUCUACCGAACCCGCUGCUGACGUCUCGAUGACCGACGCCCCUCUGCCCACUGUUGAGACGGCUGAGGACCAAGGUACUGAGCAUAUGGAACCUGCUGAGACGAAGAGACCAGAGGGUGACGAUGCCAAGUCCAACGAGGAAGAGAAGCGCAAGCGAAGGACAAUCGAGCCUCCUGUUGUUCCCGAUCACAAUUUCCGCAUGGUUGUUCACAUUCUUGCCGCUCGUGAAUGCAAUGGCAAGACCUUCCGUGACACGUUGUCCACCAUCAACAACCUGUCUGCCAUCCCGGGCGCUCGCGAUGUGAUUGGCAAUGAGCUCGUCACUCAAGCACAGGCUCUGAGUGAUACUAUCCUGGGCGAUCUGGAAGAGCUUCUCCCUCAUAUUCACCAGGCCAAGACCGGCAAUGACAUGCAAGGCUUGGCUCUGGCCAAGUUCUCUCCUGCCAGCUCAGACCAAGCCAAGCUGCUUCGUAUCUUGACGGCACUUGACUACCUCUUCGAUCCCACUCGCGUCGAUAAGACUAAGGGCACCGAGCCCGUUUCCGCGCCCAAGGAGGACGUGCUCAAGAGGCUAUAUGAAAGCGCUACUUUUGGCCCCUUGUGGACCAAAUUGAGCGACUGCUUGACUGUCAUUCGCCAGAAGGAGAACAUGCUUAACGUGGCUACUAUUCUCCUGCCACUGGUUGAGGCUUUGAUGGUUGUCUGCAAGAACACCACUCUCAAAGAUCAGCCUAUCUCACGAGGCAGCCGCGAGUUGUCUGUGAACAGCUCCGCGGCCGACGCGGGUCUCAGCAUGGAAAAUCUUUUCUUCAAGUUCACUGAGGAGCACCGUAAGAUCCUGAACGAGCUUGUCCGUUCCAAUCCUCGCUUGAUGAGUGGUACAUUCUCUUUGCUGGUCAAGAACCCCAAGGUUCUGGAGUUCGAUAACAAGCGCAACUACUUCACCCGCCGCGUCCACUCCCGGGGUGCCGAGCCUCGUCACCCCCACGCACCUCUCCAGCUCUCCGUCCGCAGAGACCAAGUCUUCCUUGACUCUUUCAAGUCUCUCUACUUCAAGAGCGCUGACGAGCUGAAGUAUGGCAAAUUGAAUGUUCGGUUCCACGGUGAAGAGGGCGUCGACGCCGGUGGUGUCACUCGUGAAUGGUUCCAGGUUCUCGCCCGUGGCAUGUUUAACCCCAACUACGCUCUCUUCAUUCCUGUCGCUGCCGACCGGACAACAUUCCACCCGAACCGUCUCAGUGGUGUCAACUCUGAGCACUUGAUGUUCUUCAAGUUCAUUGGACGGAUCAUUGGCAAGGCUUUGUACGAGGGACGGGUUCUGGACUGCCACUUCUCUCGUGCUGUCUACAAGUGCAUUCUCGGGCGUUCUGUGUCAAUCAAGGACAUGGAAACGCUCGAUCUUGAGUACUACAAGUCCCUCCUAUGGAUGCUGGAGAAUGAUAUCACGGACAUUAUCACCGAGACCUUCGCCAUUGAGACCGAUGCCUUUGGCGAGAUUCAAGUGAUCGAUCUCAUUCCUGAUGGUAGGAACAUCCCAGUCACCCAGGAGAACAAGGAGGAGUACGUCCAGCGUGUCGUCGAGUACCGCCUCGUGGAGUCUGUCCGCGAACAACUUGACAAUUUCCUGAAGGGCUUCCAUGAGAUUAUUCCACCGGAUCUUAUUUCCAUUUUCAACGAGCAGGAGCUUGAGCUUCUGAUUUCCGGUUUGCCCGAGAUCGACGUGGAUGAAUGGAAGAACCACACCGAGUAUCACAACUAUUCUGCGUCUUCAUCGCAAAUUCAGUGGUUCUGGCGUGCUGUUCGCUCGUUCGACAAGGAGGAACGGGCUAAGUUGCUGCAGUUUGUGACCGGAACCAGCAAAGUCCCUCUCAACGGCUUCAAGGAGCUCGAGGGCAUGAACGGCGUGAGCAAGUUCAACAUUCAUCGCGAUCCUGGCAACAAGGAUCGUCUUCCUAGCUCGCACACAUGCUUCAACCAGCUUGAUCUCCCUGAAUAUGAAAGCUAUGAGGAUCUCCGUCAGCGCCUGUAUACUGCGAUGACUGCUGGCAGCGAUUAUUUUGGUUUCGCAUAG